GUGAGGUCCACGUAGUAGUAACGGCAAAGAAACCAAACUCCACGCCUCCUCCUUUGAAAGUAAUCAAUCCAUCAUCGAUCGAUGCCGUUGCAACACCCGUCACUCCAAAGCCGCGUGUCGUUCUAGAGCGAAACGGCAGCGUUUCGAGCAGGUGAUUUUAUUGCAGUGCCUCAACUCGAUUAGAUCAACUCACCUGGAUGCUGGGUGGGAACAGAAGAGAAAAACCGAAAUAGAAACAUAAAAAGUAGCUGCCAAUUUCACGUUCUCAUUCUCCGAAUUAAAACCUCAUUCCUCAAUCCGCAAGUUUCUCGUGACCCUUCUCAUCAUCAUCCUCCUCCUCUUCGUCGUCUUCGUGCCCUAAUCGGUUCUCACGUUGCGGGUGCAGAUGAUUGAUCGAUUGAUUGGGCUAUAAAACGCUGCCACCGACCAUGAUCAACCAUUCAUAAUCCAAAAAGAAAAAAAAAUUCUUGUUGUGUGGUGGGUUUUUUUUUUUUUGGAUUGUUUUGUUUUUUGCAUUUCCCGAUGACGUAUUACGAGACUGAUGGUGGUGGUCGGAGAGAAGAGGUCGUGCCGGACGUUACCCUCACAAUCCAAUCCGAUGAUGGCAAUGGGGACUAUGUGAAACUGAGGGCCAACGCCGACGACGGUUCUCCUCCGGGUGCGGCGGCGGAGCUUUCUCCGCCGACGCUAAGAGCCGCCGUGUGGUAUUGGGUGAAAUUGGUGGUGUUGUUUCUAUUCCUGGGGUUUUUGGCUGUGGUUGUGCUCGUCUGGGUCGGACCCUAUUUCAUAGACAAGGAGAUUAUUCCGAUUAUAAAUUGGGAGACAGAGACUUUCAGUACUCCAGUGUUAACUGUUUUGGUGUUUGCAUCUGUGGCAAUAUUCCCAACCCUACUUUUGCCAUCUACACCUUCCAUGUGGGUGGCUGGAAUGACAUUUGGUUAUGGCUUUGGGUUCUUGCUAAUUAUAUCUGCAGCAGCUAUUGGUGUAUCACUCCCUUUUGUCAUCGGCAAACUCUUCCACCAUAAAAUUGAAGGGUGGCUGGAGAAGUAUCCGAAAAAAGCUUCUAUUCUAAGAUCUGCUGGUGGAGGGAGCUGGUUUCAUCAGUUCCGGGCUGUUGCCUUUAUCAGAAUUUCCCCAUUCCCAUACUUAAUCUUCAACUAUUGUGCUGUGGCAACAAAUGUUAAGUAUGGGCCUUAUAUAGUUGGGUCCUUGGUAGGAAUGGUGCCGGAAAUAUUUGUUGCAAUCUAUACUGGAAUAUUGAUUCGGACAUUAGCUGAUGCUUCAUAUGAAAAGCAUUCUCUAUCUGCCCCACAAAUUAUUCUCAAUGUGGCAGGCUUCUGUAUAACGGUGGCGACAACCAUCUUUUUCACAGCUUAUGCUAGGAGACGGCUUGAUGAGUUACAAAGGGAGGAGGAUCCAUUGUUGCAGUAGUCCAGAAAUUUUAGUCUGGCUUCGUUCAUUGUUUCCUUAUAUGAAAUUGCUUUUAUGAGGAAACAUUAUUCCAUGGGAAGAGUUGACCGUCAAAUGUAUUAUAACUAGUGGGAUGGGUUGACCAAGGAAAGGAUAUUGGAGGAACAAGCUAACAUGGCCAACACCUAUUUUUAGUUCAGCAUUUCCAUUCCUUGUUUCCUUAUAUUGUUUACAGAAAUUGUUUUAUUUGUUAGCGCUUCUAUCUCAUUUAUCAUUGUAUAUGAAUGAAAUUCCCGAUUUAUAUAGCAUUUGAAUCCAAUGCCUCAAUAUUUGUUGACUUGCUACA